UGGCAGGUUAAUGUUGACCGACUUCUUGUAAGUCAAUUUGAGCCAAUUGUGUAUUGUAUUUUAUCGUGGAGAAAUGAGUGUGGACGAAUACAAUACACUACUGAUUCAUAAAAGCAUUUUCUUGUAAAUAAUUUGUACAUAUUGAUUUAAAUUAAGUGACGAACCAUGGAAGAAAAAUACAUAUUAACUCUAGAUAUAGGCACAAGUACUAUUCGGUCUUUUAUUUAUAAUUCUAGAGCCGAAACUGUUGGAAAAGCGGUUGACCAGGUGAUACUUCAUUACCCGCAGCCUGGGUUUGUUGAAAUAGAUCCUGAUGAACUUUGGGCAUCUGUAGUCAGUGUAGUAAACAAAUCUUUAAAGGAUGCCAGUCUAUCAGCUGGGCAGAUGACUGCUAUGGGCAUAUCAACACAAAGGGGCACAUUCCUGAACUGGUCACGAAAAACUGGCAAACCAUUCCACAAGUUCAUAACAUGGAAGGAUUUGAGAGCUGAUAAAUUAGUUAAACAAUGGAAUACAUCUUAUACGUGGAAGCUCUUUAAAGCAAGUGCCUACGUAUUAUAUUUAAUUUUACGAAACAAACGGUUUAAGGCAGGAAGUGUAUUCAAAUUCAUGAACACUCAGACCUGCCUCAGGUUAUAUUGGGCCUUCCAAAACGUUCCCGCAUUGAAAACGGCAAUACAAGACGAAGACGCUCUCUUUGGAACUUUAGACACAUGGUUAUUAUAUAAAUUAACAGGUGGUAAAGUUCACAUGACUGAUGUGUCGUCGGCCUCGGCGACCGGAUUCUACGACCCGUUUACCAUGCAGUGGGCCGGCUGGGGCAUCACUAUGCUCAAGAUACCCAGGGCUGCGCUGCCCGAGGUAGUCGAUACCGCGGGGGACCACUUCACUAGCACGCUGCCCUCAAUAUGGGGACAUCCGAUACGAAUUAUCAGUUGCAUGGCGGACCAAACAGCUUCAAUGUGGGGAUCAUGUUGCUUCGACGUCGGUGACGUCAAGCUCACGAUGGGUACCGGGACCUUCUUCAACAUAAACACAGGUGGUGAGCCCCACGCCAGUGUGUCUGGUCUGUACCCCAUUGUGGGGUGGCGGCUUGGCAACGAACUGGUGUACUCGGCUGAAGGAGCAAACAAUGAUACGGCGUCCAUUAUUAAAUGGGCACAAAAUUUAGGGCUGUUCAACAACCCUGAAGACACAGCCGACAUCGCGACGUCAGUGCCAGACACCGAUGGCGUCUACUUCAUACCUGCUUUCAGCGGGCUCGGGCCUCCCUACAACGACGGCACAGCGGCCUCGGGCUUCGUGGGCAUGAAGCCGUCGACGACGAAGGCGCACCUCGUCCGCGCGGUGCUCGAGUCGCUCGCGUUCCGGACCGCGCAGCUCUACGGCUGUGUGUGUAACGAGACUAAUUACACAUUUAAUACGAUUAGACUGGACGGCGGCGUGUCCAACAACGACUUCAUAGCGCAGCUGGUGGCGGACCUGACGGGGCUGCGCGUGGAGCGGCCCGUGCACGUCGAGAUGUCCUCGCAGGGCUGCGCGCACAUCAUCGGGUACACCUUAGGCAUUUGGAAAUCAAAAGAAGAAUUAAAAACAUUAAGAAAAAUCGACUGCGUAUUCAACCCUCGUCCUCAAAUGAAGAAAGCUUACGAGGUGACGUUCCUAAGAUGGCAGGACGCUGUCAAACGCAUGUGCGGGUGGUACUCAGCCGAGAUGACGUCACAGGCCACGAUAUCAGACUCCAGCAGCAACACCGUCACUCCACAGAACAGCUUCAAGGUCACCGGGUCGAGGAAGAAAAACGGCAGUAUAUCCAAAUAGCGGUGGCUUUUCUACCUGCUAGCAAUGUUCGCCGCGUACUUGCCCCUCUGCAGGUGAUAUACACAUACACCAAGGACUAUUCGAACGUGCUCAGUUGUUGGUACAUUUGUAGGUUAUUGAACUUUUAUUGUGCUGUUAGUCUGUCGAAAUGUGGACAACCAUAUCUUUCAGUUAAGAUGCUGUUGUGGGAGUGAGACACCGUUAUGUACCCUGUAGAGCGCCAUCUCGCGUCUAUAACAGCAAACUCUAAAUGGUGGUGCCCCCUGGUAUCAAAUGUCCUAGAAUGUGAUGAUCAUAGUCUUAAUUUAGUCGGAAUUUGAUUCAAGUGUUGUGUAAACGCGUACAGCGUGACUGAAAGUUUAAUGUAGUUACAUCUGUAUAUAGUUCGACAUACACGUCCGUAUAGUUUGGAGGUUUGUUAUACUUAUGACUAAUGCGUCGAUUAAUCCGAGUCAAUUUGUAUUGGCGUAGACUUAUUGAAGUGUAAAU